AUGGGGGUUAAAAGCGUGGCUUUUUCUUCCGAGAAGGACGAGCUUUAUUGUUAUAGCAAGGCAUAUACAGAUUUGGUAUGCGGAGAGGUGGAAACAUUCAUUGAGGAGUGGAAAGAGUGGUGGGAACAUUGGUUCUGCUCCAUUAGACCUUGGGUUCCAAAAGAUGUGGAUUCAGAAAGAUUGUUGCGGCUGAGAAUAUCAGGUAUUCCAUGCCAUGCGUGGGGAGAAAGCUUCUUCAAAGCUCUAGCGAAAAACGGUGGCACCUAUGUUAAGAGUGAUGAGGCUACGGUGGCACGCACUAGCAUGGAAGAUGCAAGAAUUUCUAUUAAAUCAGGGUGGAAAGGAGCGAUCAAUGAAAUAGUUAAAGCAGUGAUCGAUGGAGUUUCGUUCCUUAUUAAUCUGAGAGAAGAACCAUCUCUGCUCAAGGAUAAUUAUGAUCGUUUACUUGACAAACAUUUUGCGGGGACGGUGGAUAUUAGAGUGGGGAAUGGAGAAGCUACUCCUUUCUGGUAUGCUUAUUGGUUAGACCAACAACCCAUCAUGGAGGCUUUCCCAAAGCUGUUACGGGCGGCAGCAAAUCAUUUGAUGGCUGUGGCUGAUGGUGGUAAGGUUGAGGCAGACAGUUGGAGGAGGAAUUUAUAUCUCAUAUGUGGUGAUUGUGAGGUUUCUUCGCGUAUUUGGAGGAGGGUGUUUGGUUGGAUAGGCCACGUCGCGAAGUUGUUUUUUGAGGAGUUUGUCCAUUUUUUCCUCUUUUUUGAUCAAGCAAAGUGUUUGUCCAAGAGGAACAUUAUGGAGUUGAAAGUAAAGGAGUUCUUGCAUUUUGUGGAAGUUGAAUGGAAGGCGAUUAAUGUUAGAGGGAGAGGUGACUUUGUCCUAAAAGAAAAACUUCGUAUCAUUAAGGACAAGCUUAGAUGGUGGAAUACUACGGUGUUUGGUAAGUUUGAUCUAGAAGUGGAGGAAGGGGUUAGGGAGUUGAAUGAGGCGGAUGAUUGUGAUGUGUUGGAUGAAGAUAUUCAAGAGGCAAGAAGAAAUGCCAAUAGUAGAAUAUGGUUGAAUCUUCGAAUUAAAGAGAAUAUGCUUAUUCAAAAGUCUAGGUUGAAGUGGCUUAAUGAUGGUGAUGCUAAUAGUAGAUAUUUUCAUUGUGUCAUGAAAGAAAGGAGGAGGAGGAAGCAUAUAAGUUUUAUUUCCACAUCUAGAGGUAUUAUAGAUGGUGUGGAGGAAGUUAAAGAAGAAGUGAGACGUCACUUUGAUAGUAAGUUUCGUGAGGAUAAUUUUAGAAGACCGGAGCUAGCUAAUGUCCCGAUUAAGGUGUUAUCUAUGGUAGAUAGUGCUUCUCUUGAGCUACCUUUUUCCGAGGAGGAAGUUAAGGAAGCGGUUUGGAGUUGUGAUGGAACGAAAAGUCCGGGCCCGGAUGGUUUUUCUAUUCUUUUUGUGAAGAAGUGUUGGUAUUUUCUUAAGAAGGACUUUAUGAAUUGUUUUAGGGCCCUAUAUUUGGGUGGAGCUCUUUCAAAGUCUAUCACUUCAUCGUUUCUUUCUCUUAUUCCGAAAUCUUCCAAUCCUUUGGGAUUGGAUGAUUUUAGACCUAUUUGCUUGGUUGGAUGUAUUUACAAAAUUAUUUCUAAAGUCUUGGCCGGUAGGAUUAAAAAGGUGUUGCAUUCUAUAGUUUCUUCGUGUCAAAGUGCCUUCGUUCCGGGUAGGCAAUUGCUUGAUGGGGUUCUUGUAGCUAAUGAAUUGUUGGAUUUUUGUUCGAAGGAAGGCAAAGAUUGUCUUCUCUUUAAAGUGGAUUUUGAGAAGGCCUAUGACAAGGUUAGUUGGAAUUUCCUUAGAUUUAUGUUGAAAAGGAUGGGGUUUGGGGAGCUAUGGAUUAGGUGGAUGGAAGUGUUGAUUUUCUCUAGCAAUAUGUCCGUUCUCGUUAAUGGUAGUCCUACUAAAGAGUUCAAGGUUGAAAGGGGGCUUAGACAAGGCGAUCCUUUAUCACCCUUUCUUUUCGUUUUAGUGGCGGAGGGGUUAAAACUUUUGGUGGAUAAAGCGGUGCUAAACGGGGACUUUGUUGGUGUUAACGUAAAAGGGGGAUGUUUUGUUGACAUUCUUCAAUUUGCGGAUGACACUAUUUUGGUCGGCGACGGUAGUUGGAAGCAUUUAUGGGCUAUUAAGGCGGUCUUAAGAGGUUUCGAGAUGGUGUCGGGUCUCGGGAUUAAUUUCAAUAAGAGUAAGCUCAUUGGAGUAAAUAUUAAUUCUCGUUUUUUGGAUGUGGCAACUUCUUUUCUUUCUUGUAAGAGGGAAGAUAAGGAGUUUUCUUUUUUAGGUAUUCGGGUUGGUGCUAAUCCUAGAAGGAUUAAGUUUUGGAGUCCUUUGGUUGAAAACAUUAAGAGGCGGUUAAGUUCGUGGAAAGGUAGGUUUCUUAGUUUCGGUGGAAGGUUAACUCUCUUGAACUCGGUGUUAGGAAGUUUACCUAUAUUUACUUUCUCCUUUUAUUUGGCACCGAAAAAGGUAAUUAGGGAGAUUAAUUCUAUCCAAAGCAAUUUCCUUUGGGGGGGGUUGGAGGAGAGGAAAAAAGUUCAUUGGGUGGGUUGGAAGGAAGUUUGUACUAAUAAGGAUAAGGGGGGUCUUGGUAUUAAGAGACUCGAAGAAUUCAAUUUGGCUCUUCUUUCAAAGUGGAAAUGGCGUAUUUUGGAGGAUUCUAAUUCUAUUUGGUAUAGGAUGUUAAAGGCUCGCUACGGUGAUAUUAAUCUUAGGAUGGCUAUUGAAGGAGGUAAGGUGGAGAGUAAGGGCACGUAUUCGGUGUGGUGGUCGGAUAUUUUAUCUUUAGAGAAGAGAAUGCCCGUUGGUGUUUUUGUGGAUAAUAUUUCUUUCCGGAUUGGUGAUGGUUUCUCUAUUUCUUUUUGGCAUUCUAAAUGGAUGAAGGAAGGUAUCUUAAAGGAUUUAUUUCCGCUUUUAUUUGCUAUUUCUCUUUUACAGGAUGUUUCGGUAGCUUGUAUGGGAGCUUGGAUAGGGGAGGUGUGGGAGUGGAAUGAUUUGGGAAUUCCCUUUAUACCUUCGGUAUUGGGGAAUGAGGAGGUCAAAAUGAGAGCUUUGUUGAAUUCUUGUAAUCCGGUAGCGAUUGGUGGGAAGGACCGUGUUGUGUGGGGUCCGUCGGAAGAUGGAUCUUUUUCCGUUUCCUCUCUUUAUAGUAUCAUGGAAAAUUCUAAUUUGUCUUUUGGGCCGCCUAAUUGUUUCGAUUUUGUGACUCCUUAUGUUUGGAAGGGCGAUAUUCCGUUAAAAGUCAAAGCAUUUGGAUGGCGUUGUUUCAAGCAUAGGAUUCCUACAAAAGUCUUGCUUAUGAAUAGAGGUAUUUUUCCAUCUUCUUCUAAUCCUCUAUGUUCUUUAUGUGAUGAUGGUUUUGAAUCUCCCGUUCAUCUUUUCUUUGAGUGCCAUAAUUCGGAUGAGGUGUGGAAAGAAAUGGCAAAUUGGAUAGGUUUGGUUGAUUAUAAAAAGCCGGAUUUUAAGGAGAGUUAUUGGAUUUGGAGAUCUUUUUGUAAAUUGAAGAAAGUUAAUAAGGGAAAGGUGGGUGUUGUGUGGUUGGCAAUUGUGUGGAGUAUUUGGCUUGGUAGGAAUGGGGUGAUUUUUAAGAAUUGGGUGUGGAGUUCUAGGGAUGUUGUUUGGAGUUGCAAGACUCUUGUUCCAAUUGGUGGGUAA